AUGAGCCUUGCCCCUAUCUCGCCCUCCCCACCCAUCCUCAUCUCGCCCUCCCUCCUCCCAACAGAAGAAACAGCCUUCUUCGCAGACUCCUCUUUCUUCAAACACCACUCUCUUUCCGACCUUCCUUCCCCAGCCAAGAUCGCCGCUGCCGCCCUCCCCGGGUUCUCUCGGCACAUAUCCCUCUUCCCCGACCUCUCGCUCGCCGUCAAGCGCGUGAAGAUGACAACACGGCACCGUGCGUCGGCUGCGGAGGGACAGGUCCUCUGGGCACUGCGCCGGCUCCUGCCUGACUCGGAGGUGCCUGUGCCAGAGGUGUAUGGCUGGCGGCGCGAUGGUGACAUGCUCUUCGUGUUCAUGGAGCUGAUCGAGGGGGAGACGCUGCAUAAGCGAUGGGAGGAGCUUGAAGAACACGAAAAGGCGCAGCUCUGCGCCGAGCUGCGCGCGAUGGCCUUCUAUGAAUUCUUCAUGCAGAUGCCCUCCUCGGAACGGGACACCGCCCAUAGCCUCGGUUUACCUCACCUUCCUUAUGACUCUCCAAUCGUCUUCACGCAUGGCGACCUCAGCUUCAGCAACAUCAUGAUUACACCUCGCAGUGCCCCGGGACCGGCGCGAGUACUGGCCGUCAUCGACUGGGAGCAGUCUGGCUGGAUGCCCGAUUUCUGGGAGUACUGCAAGCCACGCAUCUGGAUGAUGUCGCUCCCGGAGGAGGAGACGGGGGACAUGAUCAAGAAACUGCCAGAGAUUAUGGGCGAGGUGCCGGAAGACGUGUUCAUGGCAUAUGCAACAUACGUGCAAGCUUAUGGAGGAUUUUGA